AUGAUACCGCCGCCGCGAAAUCCAUUCGGCCAGCCAAGAAGUCCAGGCCCGCACAAGCGACGACACUCUCCAGAUUCCCCCCAAAGGCCAAACGACGACGACGACGUGAACUGCCGUGCAACCAAGAAGCGAAGGCUCCGUCACCCCAAGUUCCCCCCGAGACAAUUUUGGGAGAGAUUAUCACAGGUUCCCCUUACGCGGAACGCACUGCGAGCGUUGGAAGAGCAGAACACUCAGGCUCGCGCCGCAGUUCAACCCCAAACGCGCAGGCGUCCUCAGCAACACCCACGCUCCAUUCAUCAACCCGCCAGUCGAGUUGGUGAUCCUGACUCGCCAACUUCCCUGAAGCGCAUCAAGGCCUUUGCAAGGCACGGAGGCCCAAAUCUAACACAUUUGAGAAGUUAUCCCGCUCCUUCAGUUUUACAGAGCGACAUGAGCUCUCGACUGUCAAGUCUUGGACGGCGCAAAAGAGGAUCACAGUCCUCAUCCAAGACUAGUACCACGAAGAAGACGACGAGCACAAAGACCACCGGGCCGUAUGAUCGCGCGUUCCAGCAGCACCUAAUCGAUCAUAAUAUUCUCCCCCAUGGCUACGAGUAUCCGGAUGGCCGGUUACCCCAAGUACCCAAUAACAUUAACGAGAUCCGUCAGGCACUAGCCCAGCCUAGGGCAUCUCUAUCACCAUCAAAGUUCUCGGACGAAGACAUUCGUAAGUUCGAGCGCGUCGACGCACAGGCACAUAAAGAAAGAGAGGUUACUGCAAAUGUUCUUCCUAUCAUUGAAGGCGAUGUGGGGGAUAAGAAGUGUAUUGCUGGCCAGCUACCAUUUACUAACCUGGAGCAUGUGACCGAUGAGACACUUGUGCCCGGAAAUCCUGAUAUAUAUUAUGGCGCACGUCCUGAACAGCUCCAUAGGACCAUCCGUCAAGAGCUAAGUAAUUAUAUUAUACCCUCUACUCAGCACGAUCUUCCUAUUGUGCCAAACUAUCUAUUUCAAGCAAAGGGGCCAGAUGGCAGGCUAUCGAUUGCAAUACGGCAAGCAAGCUAUAAUGGUGCCCUCGGAGCAAGAGGACUCCAUCAUCUGCAGUCAUACAAGCUGUCAGAGCCAGAAUUAAAAUAUGACAACAAUGCAUACACACUAACCUCCGUAUACCAUGGGGGACAGCUCAAAAUGUACACUAGUCAUCCUAUACCCCCAUCAGUUCAUGGUGGGAAACCCGGCUUUGUCAUGACGCACAUCAACUCGUGGAGCAUGGCCGGUAACUGCGAUGCAUUUCGGCAAGGCGCUACGGCUUUCCGGAAUGGUAGGGAUUGGGCCAAGCACCAGAGAGACACGGCAAUCAAUGAGGCAAACGAGAGAGCAUCUCGUGACCGAGCAGCUACGUCAGCCUCGCUGGAAAAUGGGUUGGGCUUGAGCUUUGAAAGCGAUCCAUCCGUUGGCACAGACAUCUCCAGCCAAGAGACGAAUGCCAUAUCCCAUGUGCCAGUCCACGAGUCGGGAUCGGAAACGGAAACGUCUGCAGAUGAGCUAUCUUUGGAAUUUGAGCCUCAACGGAAACGGACCAAGUGA